AUGUGUGGAGGUACGCCGAAGACUUCAAACAGCUCAGGAAGCCAGGCAGAGAACGCAAGGAAAAUUCCUGGUUCCCCUAGUGUGCUAAUCAAUAGUUUUUCAAAGCCAAGGUUGAAAAAGGCUAAGAAACUACGUGGGGUGGAAAACAGCACCAAAUGUGUUAACCGAGUUCCUGAAGAACUAUCAAACAGCUGGACCUGUUCAGGGUUUGACCUGAAUGAAAUCCGCUUGAUAGUAUAUCAAGACUGUGAGAGGAGGGGCAGACAGGUCUUAUUUGACUCCACAGCAGUCCGCAAGAUUGAUGAGGCGACUCUUCAGGAUGCCUCUGGAAAGGCUUUUGGCAAGUGUGGUCAGACAAGCAAUGGGACCAACUCUAUUUCUCCCUGCAGCCCUACUGUGGACAGCAGACAGCAUGCAAAGGGGGACCUUCCAAAAUACCAGUAUACUAGGCCAGCUUCUGAUGUCAACAUGUUGGGAGAGAUGAUGUUUGGUUCGGUGGCAAUGAGUUACAAAGGCUCCACACUGAAAAUCCACUAUAUACGUUCUCCUCCACAGCUUAUGAUGAGUAAAGUAUUCUCUGCCAGAGUGGGCAGUUUUUGUGGAAGUACAAAUAGUUUGCAAGGCAGCUUUGAAUAUAUCAGCCAAGAUCCUAACGUAACCAGGCUGAACUCUAAUCCAAAUGGUUUGGGCCCUUGUCGUAAUGGAAGUAAUCUAGGUGUGUUACAGCUGUGUAGCAGCAAACUGCUGCAUGGUGUGUCUGAAGGGGGGCCACUCCGGCUCAUCCGGAGUGCUUCUUUCUUUUCAGCACAUAGUACACCUGUUGACAUGCCUAGCAGGGGUCAGAAUGAAGACAGAGACAGUGGCAUUGCUCGAUCAGCAUCCUUGAGCAGCCUCUUGAUGACUCCACUGCCCUCUCCAAGCUCCGCUUCUAGUAGCUACCAACGCCGCUGGCUCCGAAGUCAAACAACAAGUUUGGAAAAUGGCAUUAUUCCGAGGUGGUCAACCGAAGAGACGUUCAACAUGGCAGAUGAAAGCUGUGGCCUCAACCCUGCAAUGAUUCGAAGAAAAAAGAUCGCUCUCAGCAUCAUUUUCUCUCUGCCAGAAAAGGAAGUGGCACAGAGGGAUUUCCAGGAUUUCUUCUUUUCUCACUUUCCUUUAUUUGAAUCACAUAUGAGCAAGCUGAAGAGCGCAAUUGAAAUGGCUAUGAUCUCCUGUAGAAAAAUAGCAGAAACUAGCCAAAGAGUUCAAGUUUACAUCAGCCGUGUCAUGGAUGCCCUGACUGAAUUCAGAGUUACAGUCUGGAACUUGUAUUCUGUUCCAAGGAUCACAGAGCCUGUGUGGCUCACGAUGAUGUCCGGUGCUUCAGAAAAGAGCCAGUUAUGCCAGCACUUCCUUAAGGAAUUCACUGUUCUGAUAGAACAGACCAGCAAAAACCAGUUUCUAGCUGCUUUGUUAACCGCGGUGCUGACAUAUCACCUGGCCUGGGUCCCUACAGUGAUGCCAGUUGACCAUCCCCCCAUCAAGGCCUUCUCUGAGAAACGUGCUUCUCAGUCUGUGAACUCGUUGGGGAAAUCGCAUCCUUACAAUCCACUUUGGGCCCAGCUUGGUGACUUGUAUGGUGCUAUAGGGUCUCCUAUCAGGAUGACACGGACAGUAGUGGUUGGGAAACGUAAGGAUUUGGUUCAGCGCAUCCUCUACGUUCUCACCUAUUUCUUACGGUGCUCUGAGCUACAAGAUGACCAGCUGACCUUGAACGGGAACAUCACUGAAGGAGAACAAGCUGUGAAUGGAUGUAAGCUCACAACAGCUCUGGAGAAGGGAGACAUUGAGGAAUCUGAUUAUGUGGUAGUCACUGUUAGAAAGGAACCUGCUCUUGUGCCUCCUCUUCUGCCUCAGAAGACUGCAAGUCAUUCCUCUGUGAGAUAUGAGAGCUGCACUGAGCCUGCAGGCUUGAAGGGAAAGCAUGAAGGGGUGAAUGUGGAGCAUAGUUCCGAGGUAUCUUCCCGUUUGUCCAAAAUAGGCUCUCCUAAAGAAAUCGUGGAAGAGGUUAACAAGGGUAAAACUAUGGCCAGUUCAGAAGCUAUAUUUGGAGGGAGAGCUAAAUUGGAGAACUUAACCAUAGAAAUAAAUGAUGGCAACCACCGUAAGGAAAGGGAGCCGCUGCUCAGCAAUUCAUCUUCUGUGAGGGUUGACCAGAGGUGGCCUCAGUCAGAAAAAGUUACCUUCCAGAUUGGAAGCUCCACCUCGCCAGAAUCUGACGUAGAGAUCCAAAGAAAGGAGAUGAGUGGAUCUCUGGGGAAACUCAGGAGUAAAGGCAAAUCUCCGUGCUUGGUGCCAGAUAUUUUGUGUAUAACUGCCCAAGCUCAACGAGAAAAAUCUGACUUCUCUUAUAAGCCACGUUCCAGGCAGAAAGUGAGCAAAACACGAAUGCCAGCUGCCUCUCGGGCAUCGGGUCAGCCGCCUGUCCCUUCUGACAGCAAAAUCAAACCGGAGGAAGCUAAAAGUACAUGCUGUGAAAACCUAGCAAGUGGUUCUCUUGGCUGUGAUGCAAAGAGUUCUAUUGAUGGGCAUGUUUCUGACCAAGUGGUUAUUGAGGAUGUCCUCUGUGGGGAUACUGGAAGGAAACACCCUUUCAGAAUGGAGGAGAAUAUUCCUAGAAACGAGAGCUCGGACAGUGCCCUGGGAGAGAGUGAUGACGAAGGCAGUGCAUGUAGUCCAGAUGUACAACCUCAGAGCUUGAUCUCCAGUCAACCUGAGGAGCUCUCAGAAGUGGAGCUUGUUUUGCCAAGAUCCAACACAAUCAGCAAUCAAAGUGUGAGACAUUUUGGACGAUCACUUCUGGGGGGCUGUUGUGCUUCAUAUAUGCCUGAUCUCGUAUUACAUGGAAUAAGUAAUGAUGAACAACUCAAGCUUCGUUUACCAGCUGAUUUGUGUCAUUCAGUAAAUCAUCCAGUACUAGAUGAGCCCAUCGCAGAAGCUGUUUGCAUUAUUGCUGAUACAGAUAAGUGGACUGUGCAGGUGGCCACAAGCCAGAGGAAAAUGAUGGACAAUAUGAAGCUAGGCAAGGAUGUCCUGGUCUCCAGCCAAGUGUCCUCUUUGUUGCAAUCCAUUUUACAGCUUUACAAACUUAACCUGCCUGCCGACUUUUGUAUAAUGCACCUUGAGGAUCGGUUACAGGAAAUGUACCUCAAAAGCACAAUGCUGUCAAAAUAUUUGCGAGGUCAUACCCGAGUUCAUGUGAAAGAGCUUGGAGUGGUGUUGGGGAUUGAAUCCAAUGACUUGCCUCUGCUGGCAGCUAUAGCAAGUACUCAUUCUCCAUAUGUUGCACAAAUACUCCUCUAAGCUGUCAUCUUGGAGGAAAAGUUCCCCCCAGCAAAAUGAAAGGACUCGGGGCAUGGUACAGAUGCCAAGCAUGAAGAGGUGGCAAAUGGAGGGCGGCACUGCAUUAUGUCGCUUAUCCGUUUCUGCAUUUUGUCAGGAUGCUUAUCAGUGGGAUUUCAGUUUACAUAAUGUAAAAGACAUUC